UCUGUCAAACACGUAGACGUAAUAUACGAUCAGUGAAUUAAGGGAAUAAAAGUAUCGUAAUAUUUUUCAAUAUGCCAUCAAGUGAUAGUGACGAUUUUGAAAGUGCUGAUGAAGGGCAUAGCAGUCCUACCAAACGAGAAAGGAAAAAGAGAUUGUCAUCCUCAAACUAUAGUGACAAUUUAGAAUCAGAAGAUGAAUUAAAGAAAGUCCAACCCAAAGUUUCAAGUAAACUUGAGGUCUCCGAGGAUAAAGAAUCUGUUGUAAAUAAUGAGGGAUGGGAUGACUUUGAUAUUGAUGAAGACACUAUUCAAACGAGUAGUAACAACGAAACAGAAGUCAAAAACAUCUCAUCAAAAACAGAGACCAUAACUGUUUCAGAAACUAAAGAUUCAGGCUGGGACGAUUUUGAUGAUUGGGGAGAUGAUAGUGAAGUUAAGGAUCAAGAAGUGAAACCUCAAACUAUUAGAGACAAUAUAGCCGCUAACCAGGAUGUAGCACAAACAACAUCUCAAAAGGAUGAACCGAAAGCAUCAUGGGGAUGGGGCUGGGGUGUUGACUCACUCUUAAACUCUGCAACCGCUGGAAUCAGCACAUUGACAACUCAAGUAUCCCAGGGUAUAACAACAGUUCUGGAGACUGGAAUCGGCGCACCAGAUCCCGAGGUGCUAGCCAGAAUGUCAUCUAAAAAUGAUACAGGAAAUGUUACAGAAGACAGAAAAACAGAAAACAUUGCUGAUACAUUCCAACUUGGCAGCUUAUUGUCCGAAGUCACAAAGUUUGUUGAGACAACUGGUACUAAAGUGAUAUCUGGUGGUUUGGAUACACUUGAAACUAUCGGGAAGAAGACGAUGGAGGUGCUGCAAGAUGGUGAUCCAGGUCUAGCGAAGAAGAAGGCGCUGUUAGGGCUGGAGGAGAAACCUGUGCUGUCACAGAUACUGAGAGAAGCUAAGGAACGAGCUGACAAAGAAGAUUCAGUUAAGGAAGCCAAGAGAGAGGCUAAGGAGAUCCACUAUGAAACACUGUUUGAUGAUUGUGAAGGCCUGGUCCAUCUAGAGGCUCUCGAGAUGCUAUCGAAACAAGUUAGUAUGAGAAUUGAGGAGAAGUUGAGAAACUCAGAGCCCUCAAAACGACAGGAUAUCAAAGAGACGUUGCAGCAAGUAUCUGAGUUAUGUGAAAUGCCCGAAGAAGGUGAAGAAAAUGAUAUAACAGAGGGAAUAAGCAGACCCGAUGGGCUCCAUGAGAAACUAUUAAAAGCGACCAGAGACAUUGGCGUCAAACUACAGUUCCAACCUCUCAUUAAACAGUACUCCGAUGUAUUGAACGAGUUAGCACCUGAUGCAACUCCGCGCGGCUCAUACAAGCUCGGUGUUAAAUCUCUGGCUCACAGUACGGCUCUGUCCGUUGAAAUAUAUCAUAAGAUGGCUGAAAUGUUACUCGUCAAGGGCAGGCGGUCAACUGCUGAUGAAGCUGAUGCGGUCACACAAAUGACAGUGGUCUUGACAAAACAUAUAGGCGAUCUGGCGACUCACUUCACUGAGAAAAUAAGCAAAAUACCCUGCGAGGGCAAGGAGGACGUCAACAGUUACAUAACUAAUAUAUUCUUAGAGGCGGGGAAUAGCUCGAAGUAUAUAGAAAACGCAUUCCAGUUAACUGUUCCCAUUAUACAGAUAGGGGCGGUCUGAAAGUAGUUUAUUUGAGAAUGUGUUCAAUGCUUUUGUGAUAUAACAAAUGUAAUUUGCAAUAUUAAUUAUUAUUAAUGUUAAUCGAAUAAAGUUUUUAUGAAUGUAA